CUUAAAGUGAAAGUGAAAGUGUUUUCUGCCAGCUGCUUGGUCAUCCUGCACCGUCUUUCACUCUUAUUUUCAGCUGCUGCAACACAAACAGCAAAGGAAGCCAAAAGAUGAACUUAUUUUGCUGUGGAGGUCAGAGCCAGAAAAUCGAACCAUAUGAACCUGGUGAAGCUUCCUUAACAGACCAGAUGGAGGCGCUAAAGCUCAAGAAAGUCACUACUGGGGAAACGUUUGGGGCAGACGACGCUGUGUUGAGACAAGUUCUGAAGAAGGUAACGAGCAGCAAGAAGCAGAAACAGCACCUCAUUGUUUUCUGUCCCAUCACGUCCCGGGUUGGCUCAGAUGUGGAAGCAGCCAUGGCAACUGUGAAAAGUUUGACCAACAAUGAACAACCACAACAGGCACAAGAUUAUGGAGGUCUCAUCCUGGUUUUGAUGCACCACACCCGAGAUCCUGACUACUCAACUGGUGGGACAAAUUGGUCUGAAACAACCAGUAAUGUUGCCUUGUAUGUUCAUGUUUUGUUUCACGACACCGAGCGGGGUUUACUGAAAUGUUCACAAAACGACAAGGCAGUGGGUCAAAUUGUAGACUUUUUAAAUAAAAAGAACCCCAGACAAGCUAAUGACGACAAAAACAAAAAUGGAAAGCAUAAACCAGAUCAACAGAAUAAACAAAACAAAAAGAAUAAAUCACACCAAACAGAAGCGAGACAGACGGAAUCGUGUGAACCAGAACAAAAGCAGAAAAAGAGAAAGAGAGUAAGGAAUUUUUUACGUUCAUGUAAAUGCUGUCUAUAAGUGAAGGGAAGCUAAACUGCUAUGAGCAAAUAAAUAGCAUGAACAAUGAUAAACACAAAAGCAUCAAAGACAUGAGAAAUGAUCCCAUGUUAUCAAUCAAUAAA